AUGCCCGCCAUUCGUGCGACGAGUGCGCGUCCGCGCAGACAGUACACACCUCUUGCGACAUCCAAUUCUGACGACUCCGUCAUCAUCAUCUCAGCGAGGUCGAAGCAGAAGAACCGAGCGCCUGUGCCCCAAGCCGCGGAAGUCGUGGAAAUUUCGUCCGACGACGAGGCGGUGGCUUCCCGGCCAAAGCCUGCACGGCGGUCCCAGCAUGAAGCCAAUGCGCAUCUCCAGCGGCAGCUCAAGGAGGCCUUGCAGGAGGUCGAACGAUUGCGUAAAGAAGCCCGCGCAGCUGAGAAACAGAAGGCGGUGGCUGAACCACCAGAUCCAACGCUGCUUGCCGACCUCGAAGAGUCAGUCACUUGCGAGAUCUGCACGCUCAAGAUGUGGGCACCCUUCGCGCUCCCUUGCGGCCACACCUUCUGCCAGACAUGCCUCCAAGACUGGUUUGGCUCCACACAGGCGCAGCACCUCACGAAUUACCCGCAACAGGCGGGACCCGACCUGGCGGCCUACCGCAACCCCUCCGCAGCCCGCACCUCACCGCGCACGCCCGUCGAGGCGGCGUUCCCGCGCCCGAAGUACACAUGCCCGACGUGUCGCACGGAGUGCAAGACACGCCCGACGGAGGUGUUCGCGCUCAAGUCUAUUACGGAGCGCGUCGCCAAGGCGCAGGGCGAGAAUGCGCCUGAGAAGAGCGCGCCCGUCCGGUCACGCCCCGGACAGCCCAAACUCAUCGACGGGCCCUUUGACGGAUUCUUCCCGGGACACCGGACGUAG